AUGUUUGGCAUAGGCGGAGAGAAGGACGAGGCGCUCGCUGCCAGGCUCUACAGGCUGGCUGCAGACCAGGGGAACGCUGGUUCGCUGUACAAUCUGGGAAAAUGCUACAUGAUUGGGAGGGGAGUGGACAGGAACGAGGCAUCUGCUGCGCGGCUCUAUAGCAUGGCUGCUGACCAGGGGAAUGCCAAAGCACAGUACUCUUUGGGAAUGUGCUAUUUGUAUGGCGCUGGGGUGGCCAAAGAUGAGGCGAGGGCCAUGGAGCUCUUUGAAGAGGCUUCAAACCAGGGCUAUGCCGCAGCGCAAUGCAUAAUGGGAGAUUGGUAUCAGAUGCGCGCCAAAAAGCUGUACCUGAUUGCGGCCAAACAGGGGGACGCUCUUGCGCAGUACAAGUUGGAAGAAACGGAUGUGAGUUCAUCGGAGGAAAGUGAGGAAGAAGAGGAGUACGAAGCAUAA